AUGUUUACUGGUCUGAUUGAACACCUUGGAACAGUGUCUGCUAUCCACCGGGAUGAUGGCGGUUGUGCUUUAACCAUAUCGCAGUCAGCACCUAUCUUAGUGGACUGUCAUAUCGGUGACUCCAUAGCCGUCAAUGGUGCCUGUUUGACAGUUGUCGAAUUCGAUGUCGAGCAUGAUGGGGGUUAUUUCAAGAUAUGGCUAGCCAACGAGACCCUCAGCAGGACUGAUCUGGGUAAUCGAGGCGAUCGCAAGGUCGGUGAUCAGGUGAACCUUGAGCGCGCUAUGGGUGCCCAUGUUCGAUUCGGUGGUCACUUCGUGCAGGCUCAUGUUGAUAUAACUGCAACUAUUCUCAAGAGAACUCUUGAUGGUGAUUCGUUGCGUCUUUGGUUCCAACUUCCCGAAUCAACCGCAGAAAGACCUUCUCUUCUUCCUUAUAUCAUCCCCAAGGGUUAUGUCACCAUAGACGGUGCUUCCCUAACCGUUACUUCUGUCGAUGAUGCCGAAAGGACCUUCGGUGUUAUGCUUAUCCAACAUACGCAGCAGAAGAUCACCUUGGCAAAAAAGGCCAAUGGCGAGAGAGUAAACAUCGAGGUUGACAUGGUGGGCAAGUAUGUUGAAAAGAGCGUAUUGGCUGCUCUGGAGGGUGGUGGUGGAGAAGCCAUGCGGACCUUCACGAGGCUAGUAUCACGCGCGGUAAAUCCUAAAAGGCCUGACAAUCUACCAGCAUCACCAACAAAGCAACCGGUGCAGUCAUCUCUCUCACCGCCAGGCUUCCGUCCGACAGUCAAAGUCAGCUCAAAUGCGACCAGCGCCCGGAGACUGUCAAGUUCGGUUUCAUUGAAUAACAUCAACAAAGUAACACACUCUCGACCUGGGUCACCUUCGAAACCAGUCCGAAGUCCCGGUCCUCCCAUAGUCACGAAUCCCGUUAAAGCUCGCGUUACGGCGCGGCCUGCAUCCAAGUCGACUACCACAUCUCCCGUGUCCAGUACAUCUCUAGAGUCGCGUCAGCGAUCAUCCACAACCGUUGUGUCAAAGCUACGACCUCCGCCCCGGCAAGACCGACCACGUAGCGAUAGCGUUGCCCCACAUCAUGCACAGUCCACCUCAGCAUUACGGGGAAAUUCACCAUCGCCCCGAACUCUACUAUCUUCCGAACCUCCACUCGUACGCGUUGACCCAGACCGUGUAUCGCCAUCGGCUCCCAUCAAGAUUAAAUCCAAGGUUUCUGGGUUAGCCAAAUCUUACCAUAGUACCGAAACAGAUCCCGCUCGCUCGUUAUCCCCACCUCCUCCUAAUUCGACUACGGUGCCAAAUUUCUAUCCCAUAACGACCGCAGCUCCUGCUGCCAAUCCCCAUAGAUAUCCCUCGCCGCGACGCGGCCCCUCUCCUACACUCUAUCCAUAUCAAACAUUCACUCCACCUGAAAAAUCUUCGAAAGCAGCCAGGCAGGUCCUGAAAGCUAAGGUCGACCCUGCUUCCAUUCCUCUUCCUCCACAUUCACCACCAAUAUCCGCAUUAUCUUUAUCUUCAAAGUCGUCUAUAUCUAGAAGCUCAUUCGCGUCAACGCUCAACUCUCACAUGAACAAGCGUUCGGAUACUGAAUCUGUUCGAGCCAAUAAUGGCCAUUUCAUUCAGAGCGACCAUGAUGACACAAUUUCGCCUACAACCAGUGCUCGACAAUCUAGCCAAGGUCGGGACAGCGACCUUAACUCUGAAAACUCAGAGCACAAGGCGAGGGCUGCAGCCAAGUCUGAUCGAAAGAUUGCCGACUUGGAAAUAACGAAUAAAUCUCUGCUUCUUAUCAACACAUCACUUGAAACUACGAAGAACCGUCAAGCCAAAGAAAUUCGAGACCUCAAACGGAAACUUCGUGAAUCUCGACUUAUUCUUCCCCCUAGAGCAUUCAGGGCCGUCGAGUCCCUUGCCCAUGAAGAAGAAGAGGAAGAAGAAGAAGGGGAUGAUGAUGAUAGUGAGGAGGGUGAGGACGGGCCUGACGAGGCUUACGCAAGGGUGAAGGAUAUGCUAGAGGGUCUCUUAGAAUCAGGCAGGAAAGCCUUGGAAAAGACUCCCGACGAUUUCCGGCAGCACCUCUCUGCCAAAGUCCUGAAUGCCGAUGAAGUACGCUCAUGGAGAGAUUCAGGGCAGGAAUUUGACACUGUCCUUGAUGACCACGGCAGAGGAGACAAUGCGGAGAUCCAGGUUACAGUCCACCUCUCUCCCUCACACGUUGCUGUGCCUGACAUUGAUGCUGAUGACCUCUCGGAGGACGAGAUCGAACGGCUAACCUUGGAACUAGAUACGCCACCGCCUCCAAUCAGGAUUGAUCAUUUAUAA